UUCAAAUGUUAGAUCUUAAGCGGAACAUGUUUUGAAAUAGCUGUCAGUUAAAAGAAAUGCUAAAUGUUUGUGUAAGCUAUAUUAUUUUAAACCUGCUGUUUUGGAAUAGAAGAUCGUGCAGCGUGUAUUAAGAACGUGUCUCGCUAUUGAUAUGGGACCGCCUACGUCACCAAACAAAGACAAACCGAAAGGCAUUCAACGAAAGCUGAACAAGCCCCUGAUCGAGAAGAGACGACGGGCCCGCAUCAACGAGUGUUUGUCGCAGCUUAAGGAAAUAGUACUGGAGGCAAAUAAGGGAGAGGCCAACAAACCAUCGAAGCUAGAGAAAGCCGACAUCUUAGAAAUGACAGUGGACUUUGUGAAAUCCCGCCUCGUCUCACAUUCUGAUCUAAAUGCAAGGAAUGCAACCCCUCCAUCAACACUGUCUGAUGGUGAACGGAAAUAUCUCGCUGGCUACUCGAAGUGUUUGGAGGAAGUUUCCACUUUCCUUGAACAAUCUACGAAUACAAGUCAUAUAUUACAGAGGAACAUUGUACAACAUAUGUCCAAUAAACGUGACCAGAAGAAUUGUGCAUUUGGAGUGGACAUGGAUGAAUUUCACGGUAUUGACGAUCUGACCUUACAAAGUAAUAUAGAAAAACAAGUGCCUGAGCAGAACCCACUUGGAACCGGCGUAAAUCCUGAACAAACCCAAAGCAGUAACGAGAGAAACGAAACUGAACAGGGGGGAACAUUCCAACAUUUGUCACAAGAACUCAAACAGCAUCCAAGCGAAUUACAAUUGAGUUUUAAAGUUUCGGAAACAUGCAAACAAGUGCCAGUUUUACCUGUAACGCCACAAUGCCAAACUUUGGACUUAUCAACGGUGAAACCAACAUUGAUUAGUGAAAAAGCCACUAAAAGAUGUGCAAACAUGAAGAAAACAUGUAUAGAAAAUAAUGGUCAAAUACAUUUAGAAGUCAAAUCAAUGACUCAAGUCCGACCAAGUUAUAUUUUGCCACCAAUGCUGCAGCCAGUUGGUAUGUUGUACGGAGGGCAGUUUUUGUUGUUACAAAUCAACCCAACCACAGUACCACAAACCACAACACACGUUCAGUGGAACUCUUCAUUUGUACCAGAUGGAAAUACUGACACCCCUUCCAGCCCUUCGUAUUCUGAUAUUUUGAAAAAUGCCAAUGACCUACUUGAAUGCACUUCGUCGCAAAAUCAAACAGCAAAUCCAAGCAAUGUUGAAAAAAGAAUUUUAACAGACAAAUCAAAUAAACUUAAAGAUGGUAAUGGCCAUCAAUGGCGACCGUGGUAGUGUCUAGACUUUUGACAAAAAGGGAGUUCGUUUCAUAACAUUAUGUUGAAAUUGAGGAUUCGACGUUUUCUUUAAUGCUUACGCAAUACAUUGUUUAUUUUAUUGUAACAGAUAUGUACAAAACCUUCCAAACAUAAAAAAUAAUGUCUGUGAUAUAAUAACUAUGAUGGAAGAAUGUUUAUCUGUUUAUAACAUAUGAAGUAUAGUUUUAUUUUAAAUGUAUGAAUGCAUGGUUAAAUGGAAUAAAGGCGCUUACCACAUGCUUCACUGAAUAAGUAUGAUAUCAUCAAUGGGAUAUGUUCAAUACUCGAUACUUAUUGUGAGUAAUCGCUGUUUACAUAUAAAUGUAUGUGAUCUUGAUACA